AUUGCUGUGUUGGUAAAAAAAAGUGGUGCUCAACAGAGAAGAUCGGUGGGGAGAAGGUGCUCUGCAUGGAGGCGGAGGCGGAUGCGGAGGCGACAUGGCCGGCGGCGGCGGGCGACCGAGCGGCGGUUGGAGACGGCGGCUUUCCUGUAGAUCAAGUGUGCAUGUGAGGGCACAACUCCCCCUCGCUCCGACCACCCAAACACCACAGCUCGCCGUUGAUUUUCCCCACAAAACAUCUAGUCUGGCCACCCCCACCUCACUAGACUGCAUCUGUCUUCUUCCUGUGCGGGGGUAGGUUGCCAAUCUUCCCCGGCGUCGACGCGUCACCGGGAUCGGUCCAAGACGAGGUGAGCGAGGUGGCUGGAUGGGGAAGAGGUUGGGUGACGGGAAGAGGUUGCGUGACGGCCUCUUCUGUGGCUGGGCGUGACAGCUGCGCCGUCGCUGCUGGCGACUACAGCGGAGAGAGCGGCCCCGCUGAGUCGGGAGAAUCGGCGGUAAAACCUGAUCCCAAAUCUUCAGGCUGGAUAAGAAGAGUGCGAGUAGGCGCAAAUCCAAUCGAGCGACCACCUUGUCCUGGAAGGAUGGGAGCACUCGAGAAGACUAUCAGGGGCUUUGUCGAAAGGAAGGGUGAUGAAGUAGUGAAGCUGAAGCUAGGGACAACAUUUGACUUACUGACGGAGGCCUAUGAUUUCUACAAUUUAUAUUCAUGGGAACAUGGCUUCGGAAUUAGAUACGGCAAAAGCCGGCUGAAUCCUGAUAAGAGGAAGACUAUGCAGGAGAUUGUCUGCGGGUGCUCGGGGAAACCCUUCCGCGAGAAUGCCAGAUCUUGUAGAUGCGAGUGCCCUGCAAUGAUUAGGCUGUUGAGGACAUCUGACAAUGGGUGGUACAUCACGGAGCAUCGAGUAAAUCAUAACCAUGUGAUGACGCUGAAUUGUGGUGAAAUGCUGCACUGGCCAUCUCACAAGCACAUCGACGGCUACACUAGAGACCUUGUUAGGAACCUAAGGAAGAACAACAUCAACCUGAGCAAGGUGUAUAACAUCAUCGGAGGAUUCUUUGGUGUUCGAAAUUUGAAUGCUAUAAGCCAUGUAAUCUCAACUAUCUCUCCCUCUAUCCCGUAUCCUUAUCUGUCUCUUUCUCUUGUAACGGGAUGAAUCCUAGCAGGUCUUCUGUCCACAUCAAUAUAUAGCAACGCGGCUCUCCCUUUGGAGA